AUGCAGCGACUCCUUCCGUUGAUGCUGGCCGCGCAGCACACCUUCCAGCCUCAUGAGCUCAUGGCUUUUGUGAUGGCCAUGGACCCUGCCAACCCCUGCUCCCGCGCAGCUUGGCUGUCGCACCGCCACAUUUUGUUGCUCAGCCAGCUGCGCGAUUGGUUUCCGGACGGCAUCGCAGUUCGCAAACUUCACGCCGGCCUUGACUUCAUCCAUUUUCAGCCUGAUGGCGAUGUGCAACUGGCGUCUCACAUUUCUUCCGCAUCUGUUUGCGUUCUGGGACUGCUUAGCAUCCGUGCCCCCCAUUUCGUUCUGCUUCACUCUACUCCUUUUGAAAAGUCGCGAGCGGGGUUGCUUGGGCGAUCUUCUGCCUUGCCUGCGGCCCGUGCCAUGCAGCCAUCGAGUUUGGAUUUCGCCGGCGGCUCUUUUGCUUGCAUGGUGCCGACCAACUUUGAGGAUAGACCUUUGCGUUUUGCUUCCGCAGAACGGUCCUGGAGUCUUGCUCUUCCAGAGCAGCAACUUGUCACUUUCACGCUGCGCUCUCUCCUGUCCGGCGCUCACCUCUGCACUGUGACGCUGCCAGUUUCGGACCUCUGGAACAGAUCGCUCCACAUGGUUCUCAUCAAAGUCAUUGCUAAUGUUUUGCAGGCGUCGCCCUUCCACCUGCGGUUGUUUGCGUCCUCCAACGUGGUCUGUCCAACCCCGACUGGCCCGCAGCUUGCGCCGCUUGUGUCCGUCAAGCUUCUGCGGAUCCCAACGCGCAAAGACUUAGCUGACGAGCUCCUCCGAGCCAUUGACUUGAAUGACGUUGCUUGCGCUCAGGAGCUGUUGUUUGAUGGGCAGUGCCCCAAUCACCCUGCAGAAGGCACCCUGCACCCUCUGUAUGCAGCCCUGAACAAGAAGAAUGUAGAUAUGGUCCGCGCUCUCCUCCUGGCGCGCGCUGAUGUCGCUUGCCGGUAUGAUUUCGGCGGCACCCCGUUGCAUUUGGCUUGCAGGCAAAGCAUGCCAGCAGCUGUUGAUCUUUUAGUCAACGCCAAUGCCCCGGUGGAUGCAACUGACGUGGAACAAGAUUCGGCCCUCCAUGUCGCUGCACUUUAUGGGGAUGCUGCCUGUGUUCGGCUGCUGCUUGCCGCAUCAGCGCCAGGCGCGAGCCGCAACCUCCGCCUGGAGACCCCUCUCACCGUUGCUGUGGACACAGGUGCGCCGGUUGCUGUCGUUGCUACAUUGAUGCAAGCUGCUUGGCCCGACAGCUGGCAGGUUCUUUUCCAAAUGGAUUUAUUCCAUAUUUGCCGGGCGUUGGGCUUAUGUCGUUUUCCAUUGUUUGCAACUUGCGGCGCGUUGUCUUCCCAACGAGACUGUUAUCCUUUGUUGUCCGGGGGUGUAAUCUUGCGCGAAAGCGCAGAAAGCAGCAACAUAUUGGAGGCGCUGGAGCCUGAGAUCCUCGUCCAAAUUCUGCACUACGCUCUCUCUCCGCAAACUUUCUGCUACACAACGCGCGUCUCCAAUGAAUUUUGCGAGCUAGUCCAAUCACCGCAUACUUGGCCCGGAAACUUGCGCCUCGCACCAUGCACAUGCCAGCGCCUCUGUGCGAACCUCUGUCUUCGAGCGGUUGUCCAGGCAGUGCCCCAUUCAUGUCCUUACUCCCCUGUUGCCCAUUUGACUUUCGCGCUCGCGCCGCGGCCCCGCAAUCCAUUGUGGUCCUGGCAUCACUACCAUGCUGAGCCUCAUGGCGCCAAUUUCUGGUUCACGAGUUCUGCUUCUCCUUCACCGCCGGUGUUCGCUUUGAAUUUAUCUUUUGCACGCUGUGCUGGUUUGGCGGAGUGCCCGGACUUGGAAUUGCUUCUAGGGGUUUUUGCUUCCGGCUUUUCUUCUUUGCAGGGUUUGCUUCACUUGAGCACCUUCCCCCCCGACGCCCGCAAUGUGGCUGCUGCGAAGCUCAACAUCAAUUCCGGCCAGUGCUGCUCCUUGGCCUCUUUCCUCACACAUGACAGUUUCCAAGCCAACUCAUGUGAUCUGUCGUUGGCCGGCAUCGCUCCACAAAAGUUAACUUUUGCAUGUCGCCAGCAAGACCAAAUCUGCUGCCUGUUUGGCAAUGACGGUUCUGUGCUGCUGCAGUGGCGCUGCGUCGGUUUGCCAAAGAACACGCCGUUAAACUGUUUCGUGGCGUUGCAUUCUCCAUCGGCUCCCCUGUCCAAUUUGGCGCCCGCUCCGUCAAACGGCUUCCGGCGGCCGGUGCGGGUGACACAGGCGCGCUUGCAUCAAGGGGUUGGCCUCGCUCGCGUGCUGCCGUGCCUGGACCUAUGCGGGGGCUUCUGGGAUCGACUGCCGCAGACUUGUCAGCACACAGUUUUGGCGUGUUUGUGUGCUCUUAACGAUCUUGUGACGUUCCUACAAACGCACAGAGCCGCUUGUGCCUUUCUGAUCGAUGCGAGUCAGCACAAUGCACUGGUCGCGUCUGUUUCCCCUUGCUGUUGCACGAGGCUGUGUUUGAACAAAUGCAUUGAAGCGCUGCUGUCCCAAGGUUUUCCGAUCCACAAGAAGUUCCUUUUGGGGUGUUUCAACCCGCGCUCCUUCCCUCCUCUUCAUCGAACAUGGCAAACUUUCCACUCUGUUGACUUUCGCCACGUCGUUCGGAUGGCUUCGCGCAUUUCCCCUUCAGUUUCCACGGCCGUCAUCGAGUUGUCGCCCGUGUUGCUCGGGCAGUCGCAGCUCUACUUGACAAUAGGCAUGAGCACGGGACCUCACCCUGCAGCAGUUGCUUGGCCACACCUCUUCAGCCUGCAGGCCCCAUUUUCCCAACGCGGGCUUCAGCUGGAGAUCCGAGAUGGGCGUUGCAACGGCGCGCGCUGGUGCACAGAAGUCGAGCGAAUGCAAAUGCACGCGCUGCGCCCCAUCGAUUUUUCGCGAUGUCAAACUUUCACCUUUGUAUGCUCUCCUGCAAGUGUUGCGCUGUUUGAUUCCCGUGGGGACUUGGUCUCGCUUUGUCCGCAGCCUUGGCCGGCCACAGAGUCGAAUGAGCUGAAAGGCUUCAUAGGCUUAAGGGGCGCCGCACCUUUGCCCCGCCCGGACCGGGACACCACAAUUAUUCAGCCAGUCUUGACUCAAGCUCGUCGCGAAGCCUUGCAGCUGCAGCCUCUGCUGCGUAUCGUCGGGCCACAUGUGUUGCACAUUGGUCCCUUGACAUUGACCGGCGGUGGCAAGGCGAGUGGAUCCAAAGCCGGCAGCCGCCGCCCAACCGACCCGCGUUCCACCAAGGCUCACCGCCAAGACGUGGCCAUGCCCAAACGGGCUUUGAUCAUCAAACGCAAGUGGGCCGAGCUCAUUCUUUCAGGCGAAAAAACGUGGGAGGUUCGCGGGGAGCCGACCACGAAGCGGGGAAGGAUUGCGAUCGCACAAGCUGGUUCCAAACAAUUGGUGGGGGAAGUCACCCUGGCCGAAUGCUUUCUCAUCGGUGAGCAACCUUCACCUGGCGUUUGGGUUUCCACGGGCCCUCCUUCGCAGUACAUUUGGGCACCCGACAACGCAAACAAGCAUUGCAUUACUGACCAAUCGUCGGUGAACUACAAGAAAGCCUAUGCGUGGGUCAUGGAACAUGCGCGCAAGUAUCCUGCGCCGCGGCCGUACACCCACAAACCAGGCUGCAUGAAGUGGGUUAAGCUGGAUGGCGGUAGUGUGGCCCAAUUUUCAGCCGGCGCAACCAGCGCGGCAGGCAACCCUUUGUGGUGCGACGCAGUGGAUUCCGACUCCACUGGAUCUGUUUCUGUCACCUCGGCCGCUGCUUCCGCUCCAGUGGUAUUUUGCGACGAUCAUUUCCAUUUUGAGUCUUCGCCAAGCCGGCUGCUUUCCCCGAAUCGAACGCCCGCUUCGACAUUGCUCGGCGCCAGUUGCCCCGGUUCUCCGCGCCUGCGUGCUCCUCACAGUCCAACUGUUACUGUUGGGGAGGUUCCGGCGAUUUCACUGUCAGCGGCCCUCCUUCGUGACGAUGCUUCUGAUUCUAGUUCUGAUGCCUGGGCAGACGCGUUUUUGGCUUUUCUUUCUUCCAACUGCAGAGCUUCCUCGUUCUUUCAGGCGUUGCAGAACGCGUGUGGCUUGCGUUCUGCUUGCUUGGCAAAGACUUGCGCGCAGCUGGCUUUAACUUCGUCUGCGUGGCAUUGCUUCUUCUCCCAUCCAAAACGCUUUUCUUCUGAGCUUCCUUUCUCCUUCAUUCAAGACGUCCACUCCCACCUUUCGUGUGCGCCGCUACUGCUUUGGAUCCUUCCGGCCGGUGAUCUGCUUCUCUUGUCGGAUGGUCACUUGGAGACGCUGCGUGACACAGUAGCGUUGUCCAUUUGCCCUUGCAUCCUGGAAAUGGGCCAGCAUCUUUGUGGUCGGGGGCUCUCGCAGCUUGCUCUUGUGUUGGCUCCUGCAGAGCCUGUAGACCUUUUGAUCCUGGACAGCAACAGUUGUUUGUUCCACGUCUCCAGCUUCCACACCUUCCAGCGAAUUGAAUGGGGCGCCGCAUUGCUCCGGCUUAAGAACCCAAAUUGUUUCCUGUUCGUUUUCAUCCAUUCGACCAAGCAUUUUUUGCAAGCGCUCUUGCGCGUUCCAGGUUCCACUGGUCACGCCGAGGCUUGGCUAGGCCGGGCGCAGCCCACGGCUCAUGCAGCGUGCGUGGCGACCGUUCCAUUGAACCUGGCAGAACCCACGCUCACCGAGCGGCUCAGCCGUGAAGCGCUGACAGUUUUUACGCCAUGCGAGUUACUCACUUCCUCGCCAGACGCUGCCAGUUGCACAGCGGGUGCGUCGGGCCCUGCGCAAAUGGAAGACGACUCAGUCAAUGCCUGUAUAGCCUCGCCGGGCAAUUUGCUUCGGGGUACACCUGAAGACUUCAACCGAGCUUUUGCAGACGUGUACCGCAAAGAUCCAGAAAGAGCAAAGCUGAUCUCUCGAUACAUCCUUGCCGACCUUGCCCCCUUCCCACAUGAGCAGCUGAAAAAUGCCUUGCCGGACGUCUAUUCAAUGACAGACAACCUUGCCCAAAAAGCGGGCUGCCCCUUUGAAUGGGCUUUCCUCCUUUUUCUACCCGUUCUUGGCACUGCAUGCUCCAAAGCCAGGCUGUUCAUCAACGAAUUUUUCCUCGUGCCGCCGCUGCUUUGGUUGGGCUUAUGCCUCGACAGCGGCGCAAACAAAAGCGGCAUCAUGACAGCCUUGGCAGACAUCGUCUCUGGCUUUGAAAAGGAGUUGCUCCAAAAGGCGCUGGACGAAGCUCGUAAGGAAGCGCAGCUGGCAGAAGAGGAGGAGGAUGCACACGGUGCGGAGCCAGAUGAGCCUUCGUCAAAAAAACGCAAGACCUCCUUGUCGAAAGCAUUGGCGGCCAUCCACAACAACAAGCCCGCCUUGUUUUCCGACGAAGGCUCGUUGCCCGCCAUUGGCAUGCAAAUGGCGCACAACGGGCACCGGGCUAUUGGAUUAUAUGAUGAAGGCCGGUUCCUUCUCCGAGCGCUGGCCAACGGAGAAGGUUCCGGAUUUAAUGCCUCCACUAUGUCCAAGCUCUUUAAUGGCUCCAUUUGGAAAAGGACGGUUGUGAAGGAUAACAACCGCUUCUCCAUGCACCAGACAUGCCUUUGUUUAGCAAUGACUUUCCAUGUCGAGGAAUGGCAUGACUUUCUGGCCAAAGAUGGUGCCUUGGGCAUGCAAAGUCGGUUUCUCAUGUUUCACAGCAGCCCCCGCCUCGAGAAAGCAGACGCAGUCCUCGAACCUGCGGUGUAUUCCACGGGGGCUGCGCGCUCUCGAGGUGCGCCGGUCCUUCCAGCUUCAUUGCUCACCCAGUUUGUUUCUGUCCUCACAAGAAUCGAAAACGUUCACACUGCAAAUGCUCCUGAUUUUGAUGCGUCGCGGGAAUUCAUUCCAUAUUUCUUUGCCCCCGAUGCCUUGGAUUAUUUUCGAGAGCACUACGACGCCCAAGUUCUCACGCAAGAACAAUCAUACUUGCAGGACCCAAAGCUUUUCAGCCAUGCCGGCAAACUGAAAUCACUUCCCUGGCGUUUGGCUCUGUUGUUGCAUUCUUGGGCGCGUGCGUGUUCUGCCGCCGAUCAGUCAGGCACGGCUUGGAGCAGAGAGCUUUCUCGCGAAGUCGUGGAGCCGGCUAAAGCUAUUUUCGAUUAUUUGUCCUUGCAGUCUCAACUGCUCGCGCCGGGAUCCAACCUCGUCAGCACCUUGGACACGCACGACUUGCGCGAGCUUGCUGCGCAGAGGUAUCCGUAUCUUAUCACUUUGAUCGAAACCGACACUCUCCCAACUGCUCGCGCAGAAGCUGCCCCUGCCAAUUCGUUGCCGGAUGCUAGCCCGUCUUUCACUGUUUGGUGGGAAGCCCUUUCCCCGGACAACAAACUCUAUGCUUUCGUUGCUGCGCACUGGGUUCUCACGAGCGCAAGCACAAUCAUGGUUGACCAGGGGACCUUGCUGAAGAAACUUCAUGCAAAAGACACAGGCGUGGCAUUACCAAGAGAUGCUGCCAAGCCAUAUUGCCAAAACGCGUUUUUGCUUCUGAAAUAUUGCCAGUUGGCAGCCUUGACCAGGACCUCCGAAAAGGCGGCUCACAGGCUGCGCAAAAGAAAGCCUCCGCAAUGCCCAACUUCCCAAGUUGCAUUUUCAAAGUUGCUGCAUCUUUUCCAGCACAAGCAGGCGAACAGCUUGGCGGAGUACGCAGAAUCCUGCCUAACGGUGACCGCGUCUAUCUCCACUCUGUAUGCUGCCGACUUGAAGGUCCUGUUGCCGCCCGAUUUCGAUGUCCCGCGCAUGGAGCAGUGCUUGCAGCUGCUCACGCAAUACGCCACUGACGCCCGCCCUUUCGAGCACAGUGCCAAAAUUCUGAAUGUCAAAUCCCAGCGCGUGGCAGCCAAGCAGGUAGCGCCUAACAAUCCUCCUCCUCCGCCUCCAGGAACCGAGAUGUUAGCCGGGGCCACCCACAGCGACGCGUGCUCUUCGUUGAUGUACCCAGGGUCCCUCAGUUUGUUGCCUGCUUUCGUUCUCGCGUUCCACCACGCGGAUCCUGCAUGUCGAGCGUCUGUGGCGCACGCAUUGCUGCAACAACAAUGUUUCCAUCUUCACCUGUCUGAAAGGGACUGCGACUUUAUUCUUGGCAAGCUUCUCCGACGUGCCCCGCAUUGGCUUGGAGCUGAGUGCCACUUGCCAAAGCACAUUCCCACGAGAUGCGUUCAACCAGACGUGAAACAUUGUCUGACUUGCCACGCACAUCUCAAAUGUGCCGCCGCUCGCGCAGUGCCUUGUGCGCUUGGCUUGCAUUGCGUGGAACAGGUCCUGCUCCUCAGCUACUUUUGCUGCUCCUGCAGUCGCUCUUAUUUUGGACCGUGGGUUGAGGGCAAAGAUGCAACUGGUGCGCGGGCUAGGAUGCUAGUGCAAGACAACCCACGCUACUUCUGCAUCACGCAAAACAUCGUCUUUGCGACAGCUUUCUUGGACCAAGUCACCGACAUUCUGCUUCAUUGCGGCGGUUCUUUCCGAGGCAUUGUGAAUGUGCUGCGGCCCAAGCUCCACAUGAAAAUUCGAACGCUGGAGAAGCAUCUCCGCGAUUCGUGGCUGCAAUACUCCGUGUGCAAGUUUUUGACAAACAAUCGCACUUCCAUCAAUUGCUUUGUCGGCAAGAAUGGCAUGGAACCCUGGUGCCGUGGACUCGAAGACCAGGUGCUUCACCAAUUUCAGCGUCGCUGGCUCCUGCAACACCAGUGUUCCAAGUGCGAACGAGGCAUUCUAGGCGUGGACGGCAAUGCCAAAGUUCGUACCAAACUGUGCGCCAACACGGAUGCGGGCGUAUGGGAUUGCAGGCCUCUGAACGCCCAUUGCCUGACUGGAUGCCAGAGUGCUCCCAUUCCUGGUCGAAAAUAUUGCGCCGUGCACCUCCGAGAUGCUGACCCGAUUUUUGGUUGCGAUCUCAUUUUGCAAAUGAUCCUUUCCUUCCUCGCAACGACAGCAACCCUGCUUUCUCGCACCGAAGCUGGUCGCCACAAGUCGCCAGAUAUUGUCGCGCUUUUCCCGCUUUGUCGACGAACGCGGAAAGCGUUGAGUUUUGCUGUGAGCCACGCUAAGCUUCAAUAUCCAGUUUCGCUUCUUUCUGUCAAACGUAUUCCGCGUUCGCGGCGGUAUGCUUUCCAAACCAAGACAGGCCAAGCCUUUUCGCUAUCAAGCGACUUGGUUCCCACGCACUACCAACAGCAAUAUGGUCAAUCCUUGUUGGAGCCCGUUUCACGAGAGUGCCAAUCAAAGCCACGCGUCGGACAUCAAGUCCAGUUCUCUGCGUCCGAGAAAAAUGACGCGUGUCGCCGGCAAUGGGAAAAAUCUCGUGCAGCACGGCGCAGUGGGGGCGUUUUAGCCGCUGUCAAGGAAUGCCAAAUCAUCAGCGCCAUCAAGCUCGUGUACACCCACGAAUCCCCAACAGGGGUCUACUUUUUCUUGGCUGAGCUGUUUGAGUUUCUGUCUGCCGGCCGCAAUGUCAAUUUGAAGACUGCCAAGCGGAAGACUCGCCUGCGAACACUUCAGCAAACCAUGCCGCUGGUCUUUUACGAUUGCGCGUGCACGUUGCAGCGCUUCAUGGCUUCCAAGAAACGACGCCGCAUGAGCAAAGUUGCUCGUACCCUCAGCCGGCUUCGCCUUGUCAUCGACAAGUUCCAUUUUCGCAAAGGGCACAGCGGCUGCAAGCCUGAUGGCACUCGCCCGUUUCCCAAAACGUGGCCUCAGACGCAUGCCUCGAGCUUCCCCAACAUUAAUGACAGCGCAGCUGAACAAUCUUUUGCGUUUGUUCGCAAAAUUGCGGUGGCGGCGCGGCGCAUGACCCCAGUGCGUGGCCUUCUCUUCCUUGCGUCAUUGCUGCACGCUCGCAAUGUACAACUCGAACUCAUGGGGAUCAAAAAGGCAGAACUGGCAGCGGCCAAGAAGCGAAAAUUCAUGGCGCGCCGCAACUUCCAGGAUGCAGUGGAAGCGCUGCCAUUUCGACGACCAGCUUCGCAGCAGCUCUAA